AUGGCAUCACCAGCCAAUUCCGUGCCCGAUACCCAGCUCGGAUUAACGAACGACGAGAUCGCCCUGCUGCGCCAUCACCAGCAAGCCGCCGCCGUCUCUACAGCCGGCGGAUCGUCCUCCUCUCGAGCAGCUUCGCGCGCUUCCUCCCAAGGUCUCCUCCUCCUCGACGGCCACUCCCUCGCAGCCCUUGGUCGCCAUUUCGAUCGCUUGAUGCAGCAGAUACAGGGGCGAUUGGACUAUCUGAGUGACCAAUCGCAGAUGGUGGCCCAGCAGCAGUACGAUAGGGCCGGGAAUGCGAUUGCGAUUGCUGAUGCGGAGAUUGCGCGGUUCCACGAUAUAUUGAGGCAGAUUGACGAGCUGGAACUGGAUUUUGAUAGGAUCAGACAUAUCAGGGAUAUCGUGAGGAGUUAUAGGCAGAGGGUGGAGGAGAUGGAGGAGCAGUUGGAGCAAAGUGGUUCUAGCCAUCGACAUCGACAUCGUCAUCAUGGAGAGAGCUCUGGAAGCUCAAGGAGACAUGGUCAGCAUACUAGGAGAUGA